GCGCUGGGAGAGCUUAGAGCAGCUUCCGGUGCUGAUAGGGGCUGCAGGGAAGCUGGGAGGGGCUCUUUAUCAGGGAGUGCAGGGAGAGAACGAGGGGAACGGUUUUAAGCUGAAAGAGGGAAAAAUUAGGUUCGAUAUUAGGAAGAAAUGUUUUCCGGUGAGUGUGGUGAGGCACUGGCACAGACUACCCAGAAAAGUCAUGUCUGCCCUAUCCCUGAAGGUGUUCAUGGCCAGCUUGGAUGAGGCUUUGAACAACCCGAUCCAGUGGGAGGUGUCCCUGCCCAUCACAGGGAGUGGAACUGGGGAGGCUUUAAGGUCCCUUCCAACCCAACCCAUUCCACGAUUCUAUGAACAUUUCACAGAAAUGCAUUAGUUUGGUGAAUGAUGUAAAAGUUUGUGGCACUAGUUUAGCCUUCAUGGUUGAGAUGCUGCAAGUGGAAGUGUUUGGCAAAUCUCUUGUAUCACAGAGUUCAUUUCAGAUCCCUAAAGCCUGUGUGUGUAAACAUAAACUGAAGGUGAGGUUGGGUUUUAUUUUGAUUGCAGAUACAGGUGAUGAGAUGGGCAACAUGCAGGUUAGCUCAGCAGAAGCCAUCUGGAGUUUGUGCUUACACACGGCUGACCUUCACCACCAAUUUGUUCAUUCAUUCUCCAGAACGUGUCCUUCUCUUUGCUGGCUUUUCCUGUGUUUGGCUCCACAAUGUAAUUCCAUUUGACCCUUUACCUUUUCCAUCUCAGACUGGUUGGAAAAAGAGAUGCUGCCUGUUGUCCAUGGCUUUCAGGGAUGUGAAUGCAAGAAGGCAUAUUGGACUUCAGGAGCUCUCAUCCUUGGCAUUAGCUGGACGAACAUUAUUGGGGCCAGUGAAAUCAUGGAAAUUCAUUGUGGAUGAAAGCACCAACCAAAGCACACUGAUUUGCUCUGCUGUUAGACUGAUUGAAAGUUUGGAUUUAACCAGUGCUGCCGGACAGCUUCUUAAUGAAACCAUUCAGGCGCAGAACAAGGAGUUUAAGACUGGAAUGAGUACCCUUUUGUUUCUCGUUGGUGCAUGGAGUGGUGCCAUACUGGAGUGCCUCCAGCAGGAUGUUCCUGUUUCUGCAAUAGUAUCUGUGAUGUCUGAGGGCCUGAACUCUUGCUGUGAGAGAGUCCAAUGUCUUCAAGUAUCAAUACAUGAUGUUAAUAAGGAGCUGUGUUCUAGCAUUGUUAGGCCAGACGCUUUUAAAAGUGAAACUUGCCAAAUUGGAGGUGACAGUCUUCUAAAUCCUCAGGUUUUCACGUAUUUUCAGAAAGAUGUUUCUGCACCAGAAGAGGCAAUUCUGAAAAAUUCUUGUUCCCAUCAAGAAGAUGAUUGUGGUUUUAACAAGGGCCUGGUUUCACCUUUGUCCAGCUUUGGUUCAGUAGCUUCUCUUGUCAAACCAGCAGGUGACAGAAAGGCAUCUAUGAUUUCUGGAAGUGGUGUCGUUGCAUCCAGCUGUAACAAACAAAAGUUAACCCAUAGCAGGUACUUCAGCACUCCAGGAGAAAGCCGUUUUUCAAAUCAGCAAGGUACUUUUCGGGGAUACCUUUCAGAACAAGCAGCAGAUCCAUGCAAAUGUUAUGGUUUAGGACACCUGGCAGUGGCUCUGAGCCAUGGAAAUCAGACUAGCGUGAAACUACUACAAAGCAUUGUUGAGUAUCAACAAGAGAAAGCAGAAUGCAGUGGCUCUUCCCAGUUUAAUGUUGCAGAAAUUGUGACAUGCUGUUUACUAACCCUCCCUGAAAGCUAUUCUUGUGUAUCCCCAGGCUUUGUCACAUUAGCAUCACUGGAACAAGUCGCAGUUAUCAAGCACCUUGAAGACAAACCCCUUCGGAUUCUGCUAAUGGAUGGUGACCUAACUGAGCAAUAUCGUCACUUAGGUUUUAAUAGACCGUGUAAUGUACGGACCAUAUUAGAGCAUCCCAGCCUACAGGAAGGCAGAGCAGAAGACUUGUGGCUAAGCAGUAUGUUAGGUAUUCUGACAAGCUUUGAAGUAAACUUGGUUUUGGUCAAAGGAAACGUGUGUGAAAACUUAACGGAAAGAUGCAUAGCAAACAGUAUAUUAGUGAUUGGUUCUGUGAGUCGAAAUGUGAUGUGUGCCUUUGGAGAGGUCACCGGUGCCCAGCCAGUCACGUACGUCACCCAGCUGAACGCUUCUUGUGUGGGGAGCGGGGCACAAGUGGAGCUGUGGAAGGCCUGCGAUGGGCGUGCAAUGGAUCUGGGAGAGCUUGUGCCAGUCAGGAUAAAAGCACGAGGAAUCCCCCUGCUCACAGCUGUGCUUACCACUACUGUAGCUUCAAAGAUGCAGCUCAUUGAAGACCAGUUCUGGACUUUAGUCUAUCGACUCCAUAAUGCUUUAAAUGACAAGAAGGUUUUUCUGGGUGGUGGCGCAGUGGAGCUCUUGUGUCUUAGUCACAUUCAGAUGCUUGCAGAACAGUCUUUACAGCCAGCAAAUAAAAAUGCUGUGAAAGGGUUUCACAGUCCUUGGCUGGCAGCAUCUGUGACAGAGUAUAAAUCUGUUGUGCUCCAGGCACUAGCAAAUGGCUGGAGGCAGUAUCUCUCAGUGGUUAUGUGUAACACUGCAAAAGCUGCUUCGGAGCUGGAAGCCUCUACCUCAGUUGAUCAUCACCUCAAAAAAGCAGCUGACUGUGGCUCUCCCUCAGCUUAUAUAUUGAAAGAGUUUAGGAGAGGUGGUCUGCUCAGAGGUGUUUCUGGUCCCUUUGCUGACCACGGAGAUGGUUUAAAGGUUUAUGAUAACAUUACAGCCAAGACAGAGGCGUGGCGGAGAGCUCUGGACUUGGUGCUACUAGUGCUUCAAACAGAUGCUGAAAUUAUCACGGGUCCAAAAAGCAACCAGCUAGUGAACUCACAUGCGUCAAGUGAAUUUGUGUUUUUAUAGGUCUUGCAGGCUUUAUAAGUAACACGAGUCAGGCGAAGAAGUUCAGGUGCAACCUACAUUUCUUCCUAAUUUAUAAAGCUAACAUUUAGAUGUGAUUACGACUUUAGAAUGUAACAGCUGAAAUCGGCAUGUGAGACAAUCAUAAGGUAGAUACAAUUUCCAUUUCUAGAAACAGGGAUUAAAUAAACAAAAAUCACUUGUGGGCUUACCUGUAACCCCAGCCAUGCAUAUCUAACCAAUGAUGUUGUCUUUAUGGACAGAUUAAUUCAGUCAAACUGACUUCUCUAAUCUUAUUUAGCAGGGCAGAUGUGCAGUUCUUGGUUUUUUUUUUCAUUUCAUUACGAGGAGCACAGGGCAGGUGGGUACACGCCAAGUUUAGUGGAGAAAAGUUUGAUACUUUGCAUAUGCUUGUUCUGAACAUGCACUGUCUGUAUGAGACAUUUGGACUUAUGUUCUGUUUAAAGUUUUUUAAUGUCUUCUAAAAAUGGAUAAGGAUUUCUUACGUAACAUUGGCAUAUUUGUGUUAAGUAAAAAUGUAAUUAAUUUUUAAUUAAUGUCUUAAUUCUUACAUUUGCAAUGUACAGAAAUUAAACUUGCAAUAAUUUUUGCACUUAAUCGUGAUUGCUGCUGCAGGUGGCAGACAGUCCUGUAGUGAAAUCUAAGAACUGGUGUGGGCUAAAGGGUGUUUUCUGAGUUGUGAUUCAGCAGAAAGGCAGACUGGUUAUUUUAUUGAUAGAGCCUUUGCUGCUACAUAUUUACUACUUUAAGUGGAUGUUUUUUUCUUCUGGACUCAUUUUCCUUGCGCUGUCUCCCUCCUGCAGAAGACAGCUCGGAGAAGAGCAAUGAGCUGCCUGAAUCUCCCAUGACCACUGGCAAUCUUCCAACUGAUGUGUACUGAGCCUUAACACAGUUCUCUGCCUCUGUGCCCUGCUAGAGUUGCUCCUUCCUCCUGGGAAGGCCCUUCCCGUCUACCUGUGCAUUUCACAGUGCCCAAUUCCAGAAGGCUUGAGUUAAUAAGAAGGAAAGACAGUUUGUAAAAUAUCUCCCCUACAGUGCCAACACUUUGGCAUUACAUCCCAUCAUCAUUGUCAGUAGAUAUUUGACAGAAUCUGAUUAUUUUCUACCUCCCAUGUGUUCUCCAAAUUUUUCUGCCUCCUUCGAUGUUUUCAUCCCCAUAACACAUAACUCCAUAGCCUACAUUUCAUCCUGCUAAAAAUAGCCCUUUUGGAGACUUGCUUAUAGCUUGUGGGUCUCUAUAGCUGAGAGUUCCCUGGAGAGGUGGGACAGGCUACUGAGGUUCUAAAUUAACCAUAAGUUGAAAUUGAGAUCCUUAGAAACAGCUUUUGAGUGUUAAAGUGACUAGAAGCCUUAAUUUCAUUUUAUGAGGAAAAGAAUCGAAUCUAAAUGCAUUUUAUCUGGAGCUUUCUUCUAAUAUGUAUUGUGUCAAACUGUAUAUUCAGAUCUUUCAUAGAACUGUUUAACCAAGCAGUUUGUUCUAGAUGAAUAAUGGGUGUAUUCAGUGUAUAAAGAAAAGAAAGACACGAAUGAGGAAAUUCAUCCUCAGAUGUUUUAUAUACAUACAGGUAUAUGUGCUUGUGUAUUAAAGUAGUGAUACAUAGUAUAUUCUCAAAGGUUUCACUCAGAGUUCUCCUUGCUGCAUAUUUUAAAUUUGUAUUCUACUCACGUGUAAGUGGAAGGAUCUUCAGGAGGUGAGGGGGGCAUAUGAAUAGCAAUUGCCUUUUAGAAAUAUGAGAGAAAAACUUUUCUGUCUGUAGGAAGCUGUGCUCAUAGAAUUUAGCCAUCUCUGACUCAAAACUAAAUGUUUUGGUUUUCUAACAAACUUUAGAUUUCGGUGGGUUUUGGCAAAAACACGUUGCUAGUAUAGGGGUUUAUAAUUUUAACUUGAAACAGUAGUUCCUAGUAGCAUAAGGAUCUUGUUAUAUUAAAGUUUUGGUCAUCCUGCAAUUAUAUUUUCAUUAUUAAUCAGCUGGCAAUUGAUGUUUAACUGUUUGACCACACUCUUGGUGUACCAAGACAUGAGAGAAAAAAAGUUUGGUAGAUCAAAAGGAGCUCAAGGCUGUUAGGUGAAAGAGAAAUGGAAAGACCGUGUAUAAAUAAAUAAAAACAGACUGCUGCUCUGCAACUGUUUGCAGCUCAUGUUUGGCUUUAUACUGUUUUUCUUGAACCUCCUGUACUGAGCAUUGCAUAAUCCCUGUUCCCAAGAAAAGAUCCUCUUGCACUUUAUUUGAAUAAUAGAGUUAAGUGGAUUAUGGAAAAACUGCCUGCAUGAAUUGUAUUGAGGUGGUCCAAACAUCUAUUUAUAGGGCUCUUAGACACUGAGCACUGACGCACCAAAUGUUGAGAAUAUCCAAAAUGAUGUAAUUUUUCCAAUCAGGCUUUUAAAAAGCACAUUAUGAGAUAUUGAAAUACUGUGAUGCAGAGGUUUUCUACAAAGCUGUCAGACAUUUUAUUUUGAUUAUUUAUCCAUUGCUUUUAUACAGGCUACUUAAACUGAAAACUUUAUAAGCUAGCUAGAUAUUGUAUCCUGGAUUACUUAAAAUGAUUUCUUUGAUGUGCACAGAAGAUUAACAUGCAUGCUAUCCUCAAGGCAUCUUCCUUCUGCAGCGUGCAACACAAUAUACACGUGUGGUUUCCUCAGCUUCAAAUCUCUCGGACCUCUUUGCAACACAGAAUGAGGUCCGUUGUGUGUCUGCCAUGUGUCUCAGCCAAGGCAACGAUCGCAACGCAUGGUUUCAGCUUCUCUCGGGCAGAGACUCCUCCUAGGGCAUACAAAAGCGGUUUGUGUAGAGUCUGAUGUGAUGGAAGAGCUAAGCUUUUACAUUUGAUGUGCCUGGGAAAUGUCACAGAUUUUAGGGAAGGAAUUGUCCCAAGGAGCAGGCAGCGUCUCACUUCCUGCUGAAACCCUGUCCUAAUGAGAUGUCUUGUUCCUCCCUUGCAUCCCAGUAUCAUAAUUUGCAGCUUAUUCCUCCUUCUGUUAGGGCUAAUGCCAUUUUAUUUAAUGUUUAUCUUUCUAAGGCCAACUUUUUAGGCCUUUCUGUUCCUUCAUGAUUUCCUGAAGUGUAGUAGACGUCUUAAUCAUAACAACAAGACCUUUGUCCCAAGCUGAGCCAGCCUAGAGAGCACAGCCUGCCUGCAAAUCCUGGUCCUGUAAGGACUGACAGCCUGAUGAUCAGUGGUUGUCAGGAGGCACCUACUAGUGCCUGCUGCCAGGGGCACUAGAAACCAUGAGCUAGGAAAUGUAGGAGGCAAUGGUCCCCAGGAAAUUACUGUGGGAGGAGGGUUAAGGUAGUUAUGGAGCAGGAAGGGCUGAAGGAGAAAAGCUGAGCUCACGAAAGAGGUGGGAGAGUCAAGACGCUUUCUUUUUUUUUUUUUUUUUUUUUUUGUAAUGACCUUAAUGACCUCCUUUUG